UUUACUCUCUUUUACAUUGGUUUAUAUAAACCAUAUUUCAGGUAUAUGAAGUAUAUGAAGAAAAGAUUUCAGUGAAUUUUGUGUUGAAGAUGCAUUAUGACAUUUUACAUGAGAACUAAAGGAUUUUCCAGGCGUGGACGCACUAUGCCACCCCCAAUGCAACACAGAAGCCGAUCGGUUACACUGGAAAGUGCUGUUCAACCCGUUACGUCACUUUCUACCUUAACUAAUAAUAAGGAAUGUUCUGUUUGUCUCUCAGAUCAAACACUUUUCAUUCUGCAAGUUCCGGAACACUUGUACGAAUAAAUAGUCCACCUAUACACUUUAACUCUCCAACCAUGCCAUUCCAAUCCACUGAGCCCCACCAUGAAGCCUAUAUGUCCCUGACGAAGGGACUGAAAGAGCUGAACUUUGAGGAUCCCUCUGUCCCAUGUGACCUAUUGCUGACUGGAGAUCAAGCCUUUCCUUUGGCAAUGAACAGCCAAGGCCAGGUUCUGAUGGCUGUUUCUCUGUAUGGCAGUGGAAGGAUUGUGGUGCUGAGUCAUGAGACCUACCUGUACCUCUUUCCCACUCUGGUAGAAAACGCUCUGACAUGGUUGACAGGGGAUGGCUCCAACAACCAAGUGGGGGUCCAACAAAAUCUCAAGGCAGUGGCUGAUAGGCUCAAUAAAUCCAAAUUCCAAGUAAAAGUUGUGGGAGAUUUUAGUAACAACCUUGGGGUUGGUGUGUAUGUGACAGACGCCUACAGCGUGGGUAAAGACCCAAAGGACCUGGUGGCAUUUCUGAAAGCUGGAGGAGGAGUGUUGAUUGCAGGUCAAGCUUGGAACUGGGCUGCAAAUCACCCAAAGGAAAAUGUUAUAAUUGAUUUUCCAGGAAAUAAAGUCUCAAGUGUGGCAGGAAUUUACUUCUCUGACAUUUAUGGCCAGACAGAAAUCCUGCCUGUGUACCCACAGAUCCCAUCCUCCUGGAAGGCUUUGAGAGUUGGUAAGGACUUCAGAGGUGACUUGGAGUUCCUACUCAAGGGAAUUUCAGAGUUGAACAUUGCAAAGGGGUUUGUGGCUUCUGAGGUUUUGGUCCAUGGGCCUCUCUCCUUCCCUGUGGGUACCACAGAGGAUGGACGGACAUUUCUGGCAGGGGCCUACUAUGGAAAAGGAAGAGUUGUUGUAGUUUCACAUGAAGGACAACUGAAAAUAGAGACCAUGGCUCCUUUUUGGAACAACGCCAUCAACUGGUUGGAUGAAAACCGUAAAGGCGUCAUUGGCGUUUCUCCAGAUCUUGAUCAAGCCUUCACCCUCUACAGGAAGUCAGGGUUUAACUGUACAAAGACAACGUUCAGGAAAGAUCUGAGUGUGUUUGUGUGCACAGCGUACACUGAGGAAAAUGAAAAGGAAAUCCAGGACUUUGUAGCAGAGGGAGGAGGCCUGCUCAUUGGUGGACAUGCGUGGUGGUGGGCAUAUACACACCCAAACCCAAUGACUGACUUCUCAGGGAAUAAAAUCCUGAACAAGAUGGGCUUAAGCCUGUUGGAGAAGACGAUUGAGGAAGGUUCCUACAAGGUUCCUGAUCUCACUCAGUCUAAAUCCCACUUCUGCUAUCUUCUACGCCGUGUUGCUGCUCAUGUCAUCAAAGGGGAAGCACUGACAAAGUAUGAGGAGCAAAGCCUUAAGAAACUGGGUUCUGACUGUGCCAGCUAUCUGCAGAUAAAGGCUUGUGACUGCUACUCCUAUGCACUGGUGGUGUCGACGCUCACUGACAUCCUGAAAAAGUCAGGCAUAUCACAGGUAAAUGAGAAAACCCCUGCAAAGAAUCCCAGAGAUCACUUUCUCCUCAGUGUAGUGACUGAGGUGUUUAGGGCUUGUCCACAUCCUGAUGCCGUCCUGCCGUACCUGAUCAAGGAAAACGUGGAAAUGCCAGUUGUCAAUAACAAAAGGAUCAAGAUUAAUGUUAAUACAGCAGGAAACGAGGAAUGGAUCAGUACAGGGCUCUACCUGUUUUCUGGUAUGAAGACAUAUAUGAUUUGUCCUGCAGAGAUCACCAACAAAGGAUGGACGAUCCAGAUUGGCUGUCAAACUGACUUUCUGGAUGCUGAGGAGUUGUGCAGAGCUCCAUGUGUGUGUGAAGAGUUUUCUGUGAGCACAGAUGUGAUGCAGGUGUGCAACCUCUGGGGGGGGCUCCUCUACCUGGUGGCCCCACCCAACACUAAAGUAGAGAGCGUGGAGGUCAUUGUGCAGACUGCUGUACUUGCACCUUAUUAUAAAUUUGGUGAGACAACAGCAGCUGACUGGUUGCUGCUGCGUACGGCUCCCUCACCGUGGGCAGAGCUGGAGUUUGAGAACAUCAUCCUCACUGUACCAUCAGAGGCUGUCCGGGAUCUGGAUCGUCCUGAUGAGGUCGCAGCUCACUGGAAUAAAGUCAUGAGGGCCAUCGCUGACCUGGCUGCUAUACCACACAAGUUCCCUCGCAAAGAACGCUUUGUAACAGAUGUGCAGAUUUCACAUGGUUGGAUGCAUUCAGGUUAUCCCAUCAUGGCGUUUAGGAGCGUUGCGAAGGACUUGCUCCGUGUUCAAGACAUGUGGGGUCCAAUUCAUGAGCUAGGACACAAUCAGCAGAGAGGCUGCUGGGAGUUCCCACCACACACCACAGAGUGCACAUGUAACCUGUGGUCGGUGUAUGUGCACGAGGAGGUGCUGGGAAUCAACAGGGCUCAGGCUCACUCACACUUGACUGUAGCAGAACGAACCACACGCAUAGAGAAGUAUGUAAGGAGGGGAAGGGAUCUGAACAAGUGGGAUGUGUGGGUGGCUCUGGAGACUUACCUGCAGCUCCAGGAGAGGUUUGGCUGGGAUGCCUUUAAGAAGGUGUUUGCUGCCUACCAUACCAUGUCCAACGUUCCCGGUGACAACAAUGGAAAGAUGAACCUGUACGCUGAGACCUUCUCUCAGACUGUGCAGCUGAACCUGUGUGGAUUCUUCAAGGCCUGGGGCUGGCCCAUCGAAGCCUCCACUGAGCAGAAGCUGUCCAACCUGCCUCCCUGGACCGACCACCCGUUGGUCAAGUAUGGCUGAACUGUGUUCUGCUGCUGCUGAAUUACUGUAGUAGUUAAAUGAGGACUAAAUUCUCAAUGGAUGUUUAGGGAAAUUCAACAUUAUUCAAUGAAAUCGAAUAGUUUUUUUUAACACACAAUGAUUAUGUUUGACAUGGGGAGAAAAUGUCGUUACCAAAAUAACAAGACCUCUAAUUUCUGUCAUGUUGACUCUAUUAACCUCUAAUAAACUAAUCUAAUAAACUAAACAGCACUGAAUUAGUUGGCAUUUACUGAGUGUGUACUAUGUACUACUACUACUACUACUACUACUAGUACUACUACUACUAAUUAGUUCUCAUAUAUGUAUUUGUGUACUUUAUUAUGGGUAACACCGUCACCUCACAGCAAGAAGGUUCUGGGUUCGAUUCCCGGAGGCGGCCCUGGUGCCUUUCUGUGUGGAGUUUGCACGUUCUCCCCGUGCUUGCGUGGGUUCUCUCCGGGUUCUCCGGCUUCCUCCCACAGUCCAAAAAUGUGCAUUAGGUUGAUUGGACUCUCACCAUUGCCCGUAGGUGUGAGUGUGUGUGUAAAUGGUUGUCUGUCUCUGUGUACCCUGCCUCUCGCCCAUAGCCAGCUGGGUUAGGCUCCAGCACCCCGUGACCCCGCAUUAGGGAAUAAGCGGCUUGGAAAAUGGAUGGAUGGAUGCAUUUUAAAGUCAGGAUUUGCAAGCAAAGUGUCUUAGUGUUUAGUUCGUGGCUACUGACAAGAUGAAAUCCAGAGUGUGAGCGCUUUUCAGCUAAAUUGUGAUCACACUUCUCAGCCUCCCCAGGAAGCUAGAGGACCUGAUCUCAUUAGAGCAGAGCACUUGAAGUUUGCAAGUCCCAAGGUGGCAGCAUUACUAGCCAUCUGUCAAUCUGCAUGACUCACGGGAUGCUCCCAGAUACCUUGCUCGCCAUUACCCUGGUGCCUGUUAUUAAGGAUAAAACUGGGAAAGUGGGUUUGUCUGAUAACUAUAGGUCUAUUACUUUAGCAAGUGUCAUUCCUAAAGCCCUGGAAAUAAUAUUACUAGACUGAAUAAAUGUGUAUAUUGGAACCACUGACAAUCAAAAUGGGCUCUAUAGUUGGGACACUCUGAUCAAUCAUUUCAUGUAUGCUGAUGACUUGGUUAUUCUGUCUCCUAGCAGUGCAGGUUUUAAGCAACUACUGUAUUGAAUAUUUGCUCAGAGUAUGGUUCUAAAUAUGAUGUUGUAUAUAAUGCUAAGAGGAGCAUGGUGAUGAGAUUUAGGACGGAGGAAGACAAAGAUUCAUGUUUUCCUGAGUUCUGUUUGUCUGGGAAAUCAUUGCAGGUAUGUAGCAAGAUUAAAUAUCUGGGGCACCUGAUCUGCUGGCAGAUGACGAUAUUGCAAGGCAGUGUCAUGUGUUAUACGCUAAAGGUAACAUGUUGGUUUGAAAAUUUCAUCUGUGUUCAGACCCUGUGAAAAUCAAUCUCUUUAAAACAUAUUGUACCCCUCUGUAAAGCACAGAUGUGGAUUCAGUACAAAAGUCAUCCAUGCAUAAAAUACAGGUAGCGUAUAAUGACUGCUUUAGGAUGUUGUUGGGUAAGCCCAGGUAUUUCAGUGCUAGUGAACUGUUUUGUAAUGCAGAUGUAAGCUCAUUUCAAGCCCUGCUAAGGAAGCUAAUGAUUACAUUUGGUAAUCAGGUUGACAAUUCCAAAAAGCACAAUAUGAAGCUGCUCUCAGAACCAUACUUCAAUGCGGUAAGAUAUUAUUUGCCCUUUCUGAAACACUGGUAUAGCUUGAUUAUGAUUUUAUAUAUCUAUAUGAUCGUAUAUA